UGAGCAAAGACUGUGGGCUGAAGUGAUUGAUUGGGAUCCACCUCACUUUGAUAUAUAUUCAUUUUAAGAGUGUGAGCUGAUCUCCUGGGUGUCUAUUACCCACAAAGGGCGCGCCAACAGGACGCAUUUAAAGCUUAUAAGCCAGAGUUGAGCAGGCUUUCGUCUGGUUUGUGUACUAUCGGGAUUAAAAGAAAAAGGUUUGGAUUCAGGAGACUCUCGCCCCUGUGGCGGAUGAGAUGCCAGCGUUCCUCUUAUAAAAGACGAAUAAUCGAGAUCAUAACAGAUAAUAAUAAUAAGCCUGUUUGAUUUCAUCCGGAGGGGAAGAAAAGCCACCACUCCCAGGACGCAAAUGUCUCCACAUCACAGGAACACCACUGGAUUGUAGCAGCAGCCUCGCCGAUGGUUUAAUAGGGCGUUAAGGUGCGGGAAGGGAGUGGGACGACUACAGGAUGAGUGAGCCAUACCCGCAGAUCGGAAGCAAAGGGGCUCUACUUCUAAUGGUGCUUGUCAUGAGUGUCUGGGAGAUGUCUGUACCAACAGAAGCAGCAACAGCAGCCCACCAUGUCCGAACAGGCACCUGCGAGGUGGUGGCGCUGCACCGCUGCUGCAACAAGAACAAAAUUGAGGAGCGGUCACAAACUGUGAAGUGCUCCUGCUUUCCUGGGCAAGUGGCGGGCACCACCAGAGCCGCCCCAUCAUGUGUAGAUGCCUCAAUAGUGGAACAGAAGUGGUGGUGUCAGAUGCAUCCGUGCCUUGAUGGAGAGGAAUGUAAAGUUCUUCCUGAUCUGAAGGGUUGGAGCUGUGCUACAGGGAACAAGAUCAAAACCACUAAGUUUGAAGCUGUGGUGGAGUUGAAAACCAAUGAUGAUGAGACAUCUUAUAGACAGGAGGUCCAGGCCCUCACAUCCUGGUGCCAGAACAAUGACUUGCUCCUCAACACAAACAAGACAAAGGAGCUUGUCAUUGACUUCAGAAAACAGAAGGACACAGUACAUGCCAGUCUGAUGAUCGCUGGGGAAAAGGUGGAACAGGUGGGGAGCUUCAAGAACCUUGGUGUUCACCUCUCAAGGGACCUGACAUGGGUAGUAAACAGAAGAGAAGUGGUGAAGAAGGUCCAGCAGAGACUCUUCUUCCUGUGGUCCCUCAAGUCCCUGGGCUUGCACCAGAACUUCUCACCAACUUCUACCAAUGCACCAUAG